GCAGCCGUCCGUCCGAUACCACCCGAGCCGCAAAAGUGCUUCCAAGGUUCUUUGCGUUGCGAAAUCGAAAACAAUUCCUACGACAACCUCUUCCAUACGCCAGCAUUUUUUACUUUUCGCAGGAGCCCACCGAUAAUACCCAAAGCUCCUACAUAUAAUCCUAUAUAAUGCUGGCCAUUCGAACGGCCGCCGCACCUUUGCGGCGCCAAUGCCUAACCGCGGCCCCUCGAGCUGCCGCAACUCUAUCCUUCCAGAACCAAAGAUUCUACUCCGACAAAGUCGCCAAGUUCACCGGUGUAAAGGGCUCUGAUGGCCGCUACCCGGUCAGCAUUAUCGAGGGUGACGGAAUUGGUCCCGAGAUUUCGCAAGCUGUGAAGGAUAUCUUCGAGGCUGCUAAGACGCCCAUUAGCUGGGAGCCCGUCGAUGUUACCCCUAAACUGGUAGAUGGAAAGACUACCAUCCCCUCCGAAACCAUUGAGAGCAUCCAAAGAAACAAGGUUGCCCUUAAGGGUCCCCUUGCCACCCCCAUCGGCAAGGGACACGUCUCCCUCAACCUCACCCUCCGACGGACAUUCAACCUCUUCGCAAACUUACGACCAUGCCGAUCCGUCGCCGGCUACAAGACAAACUACGACAACGUCAAUACUGUCCUGAUCCGAGAGAACACCGAGGGUGAAUACUCUGGAAUUGAGCACGUUGUGGUCGAUGGUGUCGUUCAGAGCAUCAAGCUCAUUACCCGCGAGGCCAGUGAGCGUGUCCUACGAUUCGCAUUCCAACACGCCGAGGAGAUCGGCCGCAAGAAGGUCCGCGUCGUCCACAAGGCCACCAUCAUGAAGAUGUCCGACGGUCUAUUCCUCAAGACCGCGCGUGAAGUCGCCAAGGACUUCCCUAGUAUCGAGUUCGACGCCGAGUUGCUGGACAACACCUGCCUGAAGAUGGUCACCGACCCCCAACCGUACAACGACAAGGUCCUCGUCAUGCCCAACCUGUACGGUGACAUUCUUUCCGACAUGUGCGCCGGUCUCAUCGGCGGUCUCGGUCUUACUCCCUCAGGCAACAUCGGCGACGAGUGUUCUAUCUUCGAGGCCGUGCACGGAUCCGCGCCGGAUAUCGCUGGCAAGGGUCUCGCCAACCCCACAGCUCUUCUUCUCAGCUCCAUGAUGAUGCUGAGGCACAUGGGUCUGACCGACUACGCCAACAGAAUCGAGAAGGCCACGUUCGACACCCUGGCGGAAGGAAAGUCGCUGACGGGCGACCUCGGCGGAAAGGCGAAGACUGGCGAGUAUGCGGCGGCUAUCAUUUCCAAGUUGUAGAUACCUCUUCAUCAUCCAUCAUACAUCAAUAGUGGCGUCCAUUAGAAGGGAGCUGGGUAGUUCCGCUUGUAGAGUGUACAACAAUGGGAACGAAUUUGCAUGACUGAAGUCGAGAUUUGGCUUCUAUUGGUGAAUCGUGUAAGCUGCGGGAUCGUGAAACUAGUAUUCCAUACUUACUUAUUUACUUACACCUCCUAACUCGAGAUCUCAACAUGAUUUUUUUUUCAUAAUGAAAGGGGG